UGAUUUUGGUCUUGCUAAAAUGUUGACUUAUGAUGAUCUAGCUUCCUCUGUUGUGGGAACUCCGAGUUAUAUGUGCCCUGAGCUUCUUGCCGAUAUACCAUAUGGUUCUAAGUCAGAUAUUUGGUCUCUAGGGUGCUGUAUAUAUGAAAUGGCCGCUCACAAGCCAGCAUUUAAAGCCUUUGAUAUACAAUCUCUGAUCAACAAAAUCAACAAGUCAAUAGUGGCUCCACUUCCAACGGUUUACUGCGGUGCAUUUUGAGGUCUUGUUAAAAGCAUGCUGUGCAAAAAUCCAGAACUUAGACCAAGUGUAAGUU